ACCUAUGAACGGCUCUGCGUACACUCACACGCGCUCAUCUCUUCAUCAUCACUUUCCGGUCUUCAGUGUCAACAUGGCGGCUUCCAUGGCAUCCCAGGCUGCAGCAAGAGGACUGAGAACAGCGACCUCAAAGCGUUUCCUUCUGGACAAACGCAAGGGCACCUGCUCGACCCCCAGAAGAUGGCUGAAUCUGCAAGAGUACCAGAGCAAGAAGCUGAUGCAAGAGAGCGGCGUGGCUGUCCAACGUUUCUAUGUGGCCGACACGGCUUCUGAAGCCCUGGAAGCUGCAAAGAGACUGAAUGCCAAGGAGAUUGUGUUGAAAGCUCAGAUUCUGGCCGGUGGCCGAGGCAAAGGUGUGUUUGACAGCGGCCUUAAAGGUGGAGUGCACUUGACGAAGGACCCUGCUGUGGUUGGGGAACUGGCCAAUAAGAUGUUGGGUUUCAACCUGACCACCAAGCAGACACCCAAAGAUGGAGUGAAAGUGAAGACGGUGAUGGUUGCUGAAGCUCUGGACAUCAGCAGGGAGACUUACUUUGCCAUCCUGAUGGACCGCGCCUGUAAUGGUCCGGUCAUGGUAGGCAGCCCUCAGGGAGGUGUGGAUAUCGAGGAGGUAGCCGCCAGCUCCCCAGAACUCAUCUUUAAGGAAGUCAUAGAUAUUCUUGACGGUGUGCAAGACGAGCAAGCGCUUCGCAUGGCAGCUAAUUUGGGUUUCAAAGGACCUCUGCAGAGACAGGCAGCAGAUCAGAUAAAGAGGCUGUAUGAUCUGUUUCUGAAAGUCGACGCCACUCAAGUCGAAGUUAAUCCUCUCGGAGAGACUCCCGAAGGACAAGUGGUUUGCUUUGAUGCCAAGAUCAACUUUGACGACAAUGCAGAGUUUCGCCAGAAAGCGGUGUUUGCCAUGGACGACAUGACUGAGAGCGACCCCACAGAGACGGAGGCAGCCAAGUGGGACCUCAAGUACAUCGGACUGGAUGGAAACAUCGCCUGCUUUGUGAAUGGAGCCGGUCUUGCCAUGGCCACAUGUGACAUCAUCGACCUGCAUGGAGGAAAGCCAGCGAACUUCCUGGACCUGGGGGGAGGAGUCAAAGAGCGGCAGGUGUACGAGGCAUUCAAGCUGCUGACUGCCGACCCGAAGGUCGAGGCCAUCCUGGUCAACAUCUUUGGUGGAAUCGUCAACUGUGCCAUCAUCGCCAACGGCAUCACCAAGGCGUGUCGAGAGCUGGAGCUAAAGGUGCCGCUGGUUGUCAGGCUUGAAGGGACCAACGUCCACGAGGCCAAGAGGAUUCUGACUGAGAGCGGCCUGCCAAUCACGCCAGCAGAGAACCUGGAUGACGCCGCCAAGAAAGCAGUGGCCGCCAUCAGGAAAUAGAAAAGUCCUCAUCACCAACAAUCUUUUCUUAGACAUUGCUCUGUGUUUUUACCACAGGUUUUCAGAUGCCGCAUCAUCUCGAUGCUUACCGAGUACAGAAUUCGGAUGUUACUCUCGCAGCAACUAUGCAGUGUAGAUUAGCAGAUUUUUACCUUUUUUUUUAAAUUUUCUUAAUUGGUUUGCCCACAUGGUCUUGUCCUGGUUUUCAUCAUGCUUAUCUUUGGCGAGACCAUUCACAAACUGGAACCUAGAUCCAACACUUUGUGCAUUCCCACGGCGACGGACUCUCUUUCCGCGUUGUGCGGCAUUUGUGAGGAAUGCCGGUUUAGAAGUAGUUUUAGCUCCAUGUUUUUGGAGGCGCUGUGUGACUGAGCCAGCCUGUUUCCAGAUGAAACCGAUGUAAAAAGGCAGCAGGACAGAGAGCUAAUCUUAACUUUGGAGCAGCCUGUCUGCAAACAAAUCUAUCAAUCAUCGAAUGCCUUAUCUGUGUAUCAAGUGAGGUUAAUGAAGUCACCCGCUGUGAAAUGUAUACAGCGCGUCUUAAUUGUGAAGUGCUCCCGGGCAAACUGUUUAAAUCUGUGCCUGUUUGAUGAAGGUAGAGGGAUUUUUUAACUACCGUGGCAACGCUUUCUACAAUGGCGGUACGUUCAUACGGAGGUGUGGAGAAAACAAAAUCAAGAACAGAAUUGUCUUUGUAUGAUCAUGAAUGUAUAUUGACAGGAUACAUCGAAGACCGUGUCAAAACUGUGUGUAUAAUUUCUGAGAUUAAAAACAAAUAUUUCAAG